AAAUAAAAUGAUCAGGCAAAAGGGUUAAAGAUAGAGAGAGUUUAUUAUUUUUCGUUUACAACAAAAGAGUUUAUACCACGCCAUCAAUUGUCCAUUUAGAAAUAACAAAACGUCAUUCUUUGUAACAUACCUUUCAUUGUUUUUUUCUCUCCAAGUCUACCAAUUUAAACAAAGGGUACCUCUCUUUUUCUCACAAACUAAGCAUCUGGGGCAUCUAUAAAUUUCAAGCACAGAAACCAAUCAACCCCUGACUGACUCUUUCUUAUCAGCGCGAUAAUCAAAAAACAAAAUUUAUAUACAUGUAUUUCUUUCCUCUUGAAAUAACAAAGCAUGAAUUCAAAUACAAGGGUAUCUACUUAUGACCUUUCCCCUCUUUUAUUUGACAAACCUUAUGAAUUCCCGCGGCAUUUAUUGCCUACUGUCAUGAAAGACGACAGCAAGAUUCCUCUUGUUCUCGUAGCUUGUGGUUCAUUCUCUCCAAUAACCUAUCUUCACUUGAGAAUGUUUGAAAUGGCACAAGAUCACUUCAAAGAGAGGGAUGAGUUUGAGUUACUAGCAGGAUAUUAUUCCCCUGUAUCUGAUUACUAUAUGAAAGAAGGCUUAGCAAAGGCAGAACAUCGUGUUAAAAUGUGUCAAUUGGCUGUUGAAACAACCUCAGACUGGUUAAUGGUUGACUCUUGGGAAGCGCGCCAAACAACUUACCAGAGAACGGCUAUUGUACUUGAUCAUUUUGAACAUGAAUUAAACAAAGUGGGUAAUGGUAUCUCUACAAGAUCAGGAGAGAGAAAGGAGAUACGAAUCAUGUUAUUGGCUGGUGGUGACCUGAUUGCCUCUUUUGGUCAUCCAGGGGUUUGGGCCACUAACGACUUGCAUCAUAUCGUAGGUCGAUAUGGCUGUGUGAUCAUUGAAAGGACAGGCACAGAUGUGUAUGGGUUUUUACUAUCCCAUGACAUCCUUUAUCAGCAUAGAAUGAAUGUUACUGUUAUUAAACAGUUAAUUCAUAAUGAUAUCAGCUCAACAAAGAUCAGAUUAUUUGUCAAAAGAGGCAUGUCUAUCAAAUAUCUAUUGCCAAAUCCAGUGAUUGAUUACAUUAAGCUUCAUGGACUUUAUCUGCCGCCCGCUGAAAACAAGGAUCAAGUAUAG